AUGGCGGCGCCGCUGGUCGCGCUGGGGACCGAGGCGACCGAGCCCUGCGGGACGAUGGCGGCGCAGCUGUGGCCGCGGCCUUUUGGGCCGGCCGCCGGCACCCACAUGCUGGCUGCCAGUUCGCCGCUGCUGGACCAGCCCGCGCUGGACGCGCAGCUGCUCAUCGCGCGUGCAGCAGCCGCGGGGCCGGGAGGGAGCGUGGCCGCCGCCUGCCCAGGGGGGGCCAUCGUGGCACCGCCGCCGCUGAAGCUGCUGCCACCGGAGGAGCAGAAAGGCGACCCCGGCGGCGCGGUGCAGGGCUCGGUCGUGUGA